CGCAUUGUUCGUCUGCCUACAAAGCUUUCCUCUUACCUUGUCUUUCAAUCAACUCCUCUCCCUCUCCCUCUCCCUCUCCCUCCAUCCACACACACACAAACACACACACACACAGCUGCAUCAAACAACACUACCACAAAUCAACAAUAGCAUAACACGAAAAUAUGUUGACAACUCAAGAACUCCCAGAUUGUUUCUAUCUAAACCACCCCAUCUUAAUCUGCCCAAAAGGCCCAACCCCAAAGCAUUCUCUCUAUCUCUCCAACCUGGAUGAUCAAAAGUUCCUCAGAUUCACCAUUAAAUAUCUCUAUCUUUUCAAAAAGUCUAUAAGCUCUGAUGCCUUAAAAUGCUCACUUUCCAAAGUUCUUGUUGAUUACUACCCAUUAGCUGGGAGGUUGAGAACAAGCCCGGAAAAUGAUCAGAAGCUUGAGGUUGAUUGUAAUGGAGAAGGUGCUGUGUUCGCUGAAGCUUUCAUGGAUUUUACUGCCGAUGAGUUUCUUGAGCUUUCCAGAAAGCCAAACAGGUCUUGGAGGAAGCUCUUGUAUAGGCCAAUUGAAGCUCACAGCUUCUUGGAUAUUCCUCCUCUUGUAGUUCAGAUCACGAAUCUCCGUUGUGGAGGAAUGAUCCUCUGCACUGCAAUCAAUCACUGUCUAUGCGACGGCAUUGGCACAUCGCAAUUUCUUCACGCUUGGGCCCACCUCACCACCAAACCCACUGCCGAUUUACAAGUCACUCCCUUCCACGAUCGCCACGUGUUGAAACUGCCAAAUCCCCCACAAAUAAUCUUCCCCCAUCCCGAAUUUUACAAAACUACCCCUACAGAUGGUCUAAGAUUGGACCUCAAUGAAUUUUUACAAUCUCAGACCCUCGUACCAGCAUCCUUAACCUUCACCCACUCUAAUAUCCUUCACCUCAAGAGGCAGUGCGUACCCUCGCUAAAAUGCACCACCUUUGACGUUCUAGCAUCUCACACGUGGCGCUCCUGGGUUAAAUCCCUAGACUUGUCCCCCUCUCUCAAUGUGAAGCUCCUCUUCUCUGUUAACGUUAGGCAAAGACUCGAGCCACAAAUACCACAAGGGUAUUAUGGGAAUGGGUUCGUGCUAGGAUGCGCGGAGGCCACGGUUAAUGAAGUGGUCACUGCUAAUUUGCACAAGGGGGUCAAGUUGGUGCAACAUGCUAAAUCAUCACUAAGUGAUGAUUAUGUAAAGUCCAUUGUAGAUUUGUUGGAGGAUAAAACAGUAAAACCAGACCUUUCAGCGAGUUUAGUUAUAUCACAGUGGUCUAAAUUAGGGUUAGAGGAUUUGGACUUUGGUGAAGGGAAGCCUCUGCAUAUGGGUCCUCUAACCAGUGACAUUUACUGCUUAUUUUUGCCGGUCAUAGGCGAUAUUGACGCUGUUAGAGUGCUCGUGUCGGUGCCGGAGAGCAUGGUCAAUAAAUUUGAGUAUUACAUGAAAGAUUUUACUAUUAAUGAAGAGAAGGGGGAAAUAAAUGGGCAUUGUGGAGAAGAAAAUGGUUUGAAAUGAAUGAAUAUAUAUAAAUGUGUGUGUGUGUGUGUUUUUUUUUUCAUAUAUAUUUUCUUACCUUUCGAGGCAAUAAGAUUGCAAGUAGAUAGCAACUCAUGUAAUAGUUCAUUAAAUACAUAAUUCAUGUAGAAAGGUUAAUUUACUUGGUGUAAUAAUUAGAUGAAGUGAAGACCUAUCAGUCUUUGUUGCCCCUUUUA